AUGUAUGAAGAAGAAUCAAGCUUCGGAAUAGUCCCAAUAACAGUCGAACAAUCGCUGACAAUUACUAGAAUAGCGUUACCUCUAAAUGUGUUAUCAAUAUUAGCAUCUUCAAUCGGAUGUUUGGUAUUUAUAUUUAUAAGAAUCUCUUAUCCUCGAUUGGCUGACCGAGUGAUAUUUCGAUUAGCUUUUGCUGCAAUGUUGUCAGAUAUUUCUUAUUCGUCAUUUCAAGUAUUGAACUUGGUUGUGACAACCCCUGGUACAUUAUGUAUUUUAUCAACCUGGGGAUGGGUAUUUACUACUCUCAUUUCGGUUUUCUUUAUUGAUUGUAUUGCUAUAAACUUACAAGUUAUUUUUCUACACGAAUAUGAAGGUCGACGUGAUUUAGAAAAAUACUAUUUUAUACUUCCAAGUGUGUUUGCUUUGACUUUAUCCUUACUUCCAUUGACACGAGAUAUGUACGGUUUUGAUAUACCUGAACAGAUUUGCUGGUAUCGUUAUUCCGGAACAACAUUAAGUAUUGUAUGGCAAUGGUCAACUUUGUUUAUUUGGCAACAAAUUUCUGUGUUAUAUUGUAUCAUAAUACUGUUCGCCGUCACUUUAAAAUUACGUUAUGCGUCUUCGCAAUUUAAUGAAGCGCUUAAAGAGAAUGACAAAAGGAUAAACGACGCUCAAGAUAACAAUAACGCUAAAUCAGCAACAUUAGCAAAAACUAGCACUAAUGUUUUAUUAAAAAGAGGUACACUUAUAACAUCGGUGAUUAGAAAGGUGUUGUGGUUUCCAGUCGUUCCUCUGAUCAGUCAAACUCCAACUUUCUUGGCUGAAACCGAUAUGUAUUUUAGUAAGAGCAUUAAAUAUGAACUAUUACUGUUUGGUUUUGUUGCUGCUUCGAUUCAAGAUUCAAUUGAACUUGAUAUGAUGGUAUUAAACAUUAAUGACGAGAAUGACGAUGACAAUAACGAAAUAAUCACCAAUAAAAAGCCAACAACAACAAAUAAUAUUAGUAAUGAGAUAGAUCAACAAGAUCAAGAGCGAUUUUCAUCAUCCAAUUUAUCUAAUCCACUUUUAAUUCCAAAGCCAUCCUUAGUUGAAACAUUAAAAUACCAUUUGUUAAUUCGUCUAUUUGAUCAACCAAAAAAUCUUGACGAAUUUGUUAUUAGCUUCGUGCAAACAUCAACAACAUCAACCGUCAAUAACAAUUUAAAAAACACUUAUUCAGAAAGAGGCAAUGUCGAAAUAAUAAAUUUAAAAAAAACAAGAAAAUCAUUAAGCAUAGAAAUUCCAUCUUCUUCAGACUCGAUAAAUAACAAUCAUGAUGUUGCAGUCACUGGACAACCACAAGAAGAAGAACAAAACAAAAAGAACGAAGAAAAAGAAAACGCCAAUCCUACCAAGAUAAUAAAUUCUAAUAAUAACAAUGAUAAUGGUGAUGAUGAUGGUGAUGAUGAUAUAAUAACAAAUAAAUCUUUCUCGCACUUAAAUCAUAAUAAAAAUACAUCAAAUUCAAUAAGCUCAAUCAAUUCGUCUAUUUAUAGUAGUUGUUAUAGUGGUAAUAGUAUAAGAGGUUCAAAUAAACCCGUCAACGAAACCAAUAAUGAUAAUGAUAAUAUUCAUAUUCAAUUUACGGCAGUAAAUGAAAAUACUAAUUAUGAUGGAGUAACUAUUAUUAAUAUUGAUAAAGUUGAAGAUAUUGUUGAAAAUAAUAAUAAUAAAGAAAAAGAAGAUAACGAUGAUGAUGGUGAUGAUAGUAAAAUUAAUGAAAUUAUAGAAACUAUAAGUAAUUCUCGUAAUGAGGAUAAUAUUAAUAAGGUUAAUCUAAAUAACAAUACCCAUGACAGCAAUAAUAUCGAUAUAUGA